CUCCAUGUGUUCUUCGACUGAUUUACUAUAUCAUACUUUGCGAAGCUAUUGACCCGCACAUCACAAGUUUGCGGGGAACUCAAAACAAAAAUGCGUUCACUGACAGCAUCUUUUUUCGGUUUCCGGUCGAGCAAUUCCAACGAUGUGAUACGACAGAAUAGGGAUCUAGCAGAGUCUUUGAAAGACGGUUCUGUAUUUGCUUUCAAGGAUUGGGAGUCGAAGAAGGGAAUCUACAAGACGGAGUUACUGCAACUGGGCAUCAACAUCAUGUGGUUCGCGAAUCGACACGAUGAAGGCGUCAUCCACCAUAAAUAUUUUAAUCCUAUGCCCGUCGAAGUUAUCGCUCUUGUGCUUACAACUAUUGAAUGUUGUAUCGACGAAUGGUUACAAGGUCUGAAGGAAGAUAUCAAAUUCACGUCGGCUACUUAUGGAACUGUCUACCAUGGACAUUUCUGCUCAUUGCAGCGCUUCGACGAGCGGACGGCGCCUUACAAACUCCUCGACAAAAUUCGUGUCAAUCUGCACGACGUGGCUCGUUUCCAUGCAGGUGUUGACACCCUCACUAUCUCGUCGUCUGCAUCCCGGAUCAGUGACGCGGCAUUCGAAGAUGCCAUCCGAGAGUACCAACUUGAGGAGCAGGAUGAUGCGGAGGCUAGCGAGUCGUAAAAUAGGUUGACUGGUUCAUUAUUAGGCAUUCAAAUUCAAUUGUUUUCGCGA